ACCGUCACCUACCUAGUACUCACAAAAAUAACUAUGUUUCUCUGUUGAAGGUUCCAUCAUCAUCAUCAUCUUAUAGUAAUGGAGUUGGAGAUGCAUACGGUCCUUGCUCAAUUGCUGAGACUAGCAUGGAUCGCUGGUACACUUCCCAUUCUCAUCGCUUCAAUCCCAAUUCCCAAACUCAACUUCUUCCAUACAAUAUUGUUGGGUUUUGCUAGAAGGGGAAAAAUCAUGCACUCAUCUUCCCAGAAAUUCACACUCCCUCAGAGAUUCUUCUUGCACUUCUAUAUUGUUGCAUCAAUAUGGACAACGUUCUUGCUUGUUGCAACUUGGUGUUAUGCAUACACAGUGGUGCCACCGGUUAGGGAAUCAUCUGCAUACUCUACCAUUACAAGCUACUUGAUCGGAGGCUCAGCUCUGAGAACUGAUUCAACUACAAUGUUUCAGAGGCAUGCUGUUUGGCAAGCUGUUUUUCUUCUUUUGUUAAUGGAAGCUCAAGUGUUGAGACGCCUAUUUGAAACCAUAUAUGUAUUUAAAUAUAGCCCCUCUGCCCGCAUGCACAUCCUUGGUUAUCUCACUGGAAUGUUCUUCUACCUAGCAGCACCACUGUCGCUAUGUGCUGAUUGCGCCUUAGAUGUGUUUUACUUCCUGGUAAAUCUAGUCACCAAGUUCAUCGUCGUAGGCAAGGAUCAUAUGCCACCAGUGGAGGUAGAACUUUGGCAAGUUGUAAAUCCUCUCGUCAGACUUGGAUGGAGGCAUUGGAUUGGCGCCGCUGCUUUUUUCUGGGGUUGGAUUCAUCAACAAAGAUGCCAUAAGAUUCUUGGUUCGCUUCGAGAUUCAAGACAAGCAGAGGAAUAUGCAAUUCCUCACGGUGAUUGGUUUGAAAUUGUUUCCUCUCCACAUUAUCUCUCUGAAAUGGUUAUAUACGGCAGUUUUGUGGUUGCCACUGGAGGAUCCGAUCUAACCAUAUGGCUACUAUUUGUUUUUGUGCUGGCAAAUCUGUCAUUUGCAGCAGUGGAAACACAUAGGUGGUAUCAUCAGAAAUUUGAAGAUUAUCCAAGUAGUCGGUUUGCUGUUAUACCAUAUAUUCUCUGAGAUUAUGAGACAAAUAGACAAUGCUUUUCAUGUUAGAUUGAUGUAAAGCAACUCGUUACUUCUCAUAGAUGUGCCUGUGCGUAUGAACUUAUUUUGUUUAUAG